AUGAGUUUGAAGCAGGUUCCCACGCUAACCCUCGACGGCGCACGCGUCGCGCUCGCGGCUGCCGAGGCGCGAGCCAAAGAAAUCCAGGUCCCCAUGAACAUCGCCAUCGUGGACAACGCGUGCCAUUUGAUCGCAUUCGCGCGUAUGGAGGGCGCAAAGUUUACGUCAAUCAAUACCGCCAUCGACAAGGCCUUCACCGCGGCUGGCCAUCGCGCUCCAACAUCCAUCUACAAAGAAGUCGUCUGGCCCGGCGGCCCAGCCUAUGGCAUCAAUCACAGCAACGGAGGCCGCUUUAUGACCAUUGGGGGCGGAGUUCCCAUCAAGAAAGACGGAAUGGUUGUGGGCGCUGUGGGCUGCAGUACCGGGACGCCGGCUCAGGACGAGGACGUUGCGAACAAGGGCGUGGAGGCUGUGGAGAAGAGCUUUGGGGUCAAGGCGAAGUUAUGAGACAGCGCAAGAGCUGGUCGGUCAAUGUCACGGUUGGCUUGUAACGAAAUCGCAUUUAAUUUGAUCCAUGAAAUGGGACAAGGUGCUUUUCUCGUGUCACUGACACUUAUCGCAGAUGCAGGAAUUUCUACCAUCUCUUUCCAGCAUUCUAGAUGGGUGUCUAGGUGUCGGUUGUGUGUUCAUAUACUUUUAUCCCGUGACAGCUUUCCAAUGGUGCAAGUUAACAUGGGCUGCGCUCGGCCGGCCAUCAUAACUAUAACGUAUGCGCAUUAUAGAGACUACCCUG